AUGGCAGCACCAUCCAACAGAUCCAUCCCGAUGGCCACAUCAUCCACUCCUCCCGCCGCUCCUCCUGCCGCGGCAACUGCGUCGGUUAUCCUUGAAAAGACCCACCCAGGAGUACGCCGUUCGACUCCGGACUCGGAUGCACUGGCUUCUUCUGACGACGAUGGAGACCAUGGAGACCAGGCUCAUAAUAUCAUACCUCAGACUACCAGACCGCCAGUUCGUCGCACUUCGUGGUUGAAUGAAGUGCCGUUUUCUGCUCAGCGCAAACAUUCGCUUCCUGGAGGCCAUCUCUCUUCAGCCCCGUCCAACCCUACUAGCCCCGCUAGUGACCAGACACAAUGGGGAAAUACUGCAAGCCCAGGCCUCGCUGGGUCUCUCGGUUGGAACCAGCCCGCAGGAACCACAUUUCCCUGGGGUGCAGGCACGGGAAUCUGGAAUACCGAAUCACGCAAAGAACCACCUCCUCGCUUGGCAGAAUUGGUACCCUCUCCAACAAUGACUAACCCGACUUUUCCGGGCGCCAACAUCCAAGAUGAGAUGUUGAGCCCCAUUACCCGAACAAUCUCUGGUGAAUCGGCUAUCCCGUUCUCUAUCCCGCUACAACCAACCCCAAAAACAUAUCGCUCUCAGUCAUACUCAGUUGGUCAGACGGACCCUGAGGCCCUCGGCCUUGUUCCUAGCAAGUCUAAUGCUGCUCUCGCCGCUGGGGGGCAAUAUCCCAGCAGUCGUUCUCGCGGUCCAGGUCAAAUGUCUGCGGUUCAGCCUCGCGCUUCGCGUCCCAGUAUGCUCGGCGAAUUAGGACAUGAUCCUGCCAUGCUUGGUCGGGUUCGUGAAGAUGAGGAUGGCGAUGAAAGCCUCAACGGAUCGGAAAGCGAUCUCAGUUACACAAUGAGCCAAGCUCGAAGGAUUGAGCAGCUGGCGCGCGAGAACGCAUUCUUACGACAAGCAGCUGCGGCAGGUCAGAUGGAUGGCAGAUUCCGUGAACGGGCUGGCUCAUCCACAUCCAUCAGCGGGGGUGUUAACACACUGCAUCGUAUUCGAGGUGGUGUUCCAGAGGAAGAUCUAGCUGGCGAGGAUCUAGGAGAAUUGCGCGACAUUACUGGAUACAAUAACCUGCGUGGCAGUGCUCGCCGCCGCUUCUCUGAACAUUUGGCAAAUCCGGAGCAGCCUUUCUCGUCUUUCACUGCCCCAUUGGAGAACCGUGCUCUGGAUAAUGUUCGCAAGGCUCAUUGGCAAACGUCUCUCGGCUUCGGUGGCAUUCCCGAAAUGCCCCAAAGCCGUCGUCACUCUUUCGCUGAUAUUCCGAUGCGUCAUGGCUCAAUCAGUUCUAUUGACUCGCAUGCGGCGGCUACUCCUCGCGCAAAUAUGAGAGACCGCGAUGACGGCUAUGGUGGACCCCCGGACUAUCCUAACCAGUCUUAUUACUCCCGGGAGCAAACCUUGCGCGGAGAUGGCUCUUCGGGCAUUCCGUCUUCUCUUAGCCAAUAUGCGAUGCCGAGUGCAUACGGUCGUCAACCGCCCGCCUUGUCCCAUGCUCACCAGAAUCAGCUGCUCUACAUCGUCGCCUUCAAAUGUAGCCGUGCAGAUGUCUUCUACAUUCAAGAAGAUACGGGACUCCAGGUCAAAAAUGGUGAUCUAGUUAUUGUGGAAGCUGAUCGAGGCACGGAUCUGGGGACCGUCAUUCAUGCAAACAUCUCCCUCCAACAGGCACGAGAAUUGAAGCAGCAUUAUGCCGAAGAACAUUACAGGACCCUGAUGCUUUUUUCUCGCCACGGUCAAACAGAGCCAUCGAACCUUUCCAACCCCAACACGGGCUUGAACACUCGAAGUGCCACAGGUGGCAUGGGCCCCCACGGCCCGCACAGUGUGCAAGAACCCACCACUGAUAUCAAACCCAAGCUCAUCAAGCGACUUGCGCAGCAACAUGAAGUCCUAACUUUGCACGAUAAGGAAGGAAACGAAGCCAAAGCCAAGCGUGUGUGUCAGCAGAAAGUGGUCGAGCAUCGGCUGAAUAUGGAAAUUCUCGAUGCCGAAUUCCAAAUGGACUGGAAGAAGCUGACGUUCUACUACUUUGCUGAUUCAUACAUCAACUUCAACUCGCUGGUGACCGAUCUGUUCAAAAUCUACAAGACUCGUAUUUGGAUGUCCGCUAUCAAUCCGGCCUCUUUCGUCACACCCCCAACUCCUGGACUGCCAGGUUCUGGUACUAUGCCGAACCCACUUUAUGGACAGGAGCCAAGCCAUCGACACCACUUUGAGAACAGAAGCUAUGGUGGCCCAAGAGAUGCUUCUGAUGCAGGUCGUGAGAUGCCGAAUCCCGUGGGCAUGCUUCGCACAGCUUAUGGCGACUCCUACCAAACACACUCUCACUCAUCUCACCAUUCGGAAGGAUCACACUCGGAUAUCUUCAGUCACCAGGUGCCAUCUAGCUUUGGUACGGCCGAUUCGUUUGAUUAUCCUGGUAGCCUCAGCUCCAACGGAUCUUCUUCCCGCAUGCACGCAGCGCAAGGCGAAUGGCUCAACCGGUUCCAGGGCCUAUCGUUGAACUCCUAA